GCACAAAGCACGCAAGUUAAGCGGCGUCAGCAUGAGCACAGAGGAAAUACAGGGAGGUUUACUGAGGACUUGAUGAACCCCAGAGCCCAACUACAGAGCACACUCUCACAGCCGAAACGUAUUUAAGAUUGCAGCAAAGAGAUUUACAUUUCCUUUGUUUUGUGAGGCAUAUGUUGGAAAAAAUAUACGAGUGUUGUUCCCAGCAAUCAGUUUCUGCAAUGGAAGAGGGGAAACUGGUCGGGUAAAGGCAUGAAGACCCCAGCAUGAAGACACAACAGUCGAAGUGAAAUUCAUUUGGAAACAGAACCAUGGCUGAAGGGAUGAUGCAUUUCUCUGCCAACAAGCGACUUAUUACUGGCCUAUUGGUCAACUUGCUCUCUUCAAUCUGCAUAGUCUUCAUCAACAAGUGGAUAUAUGUUCAUUAUGGCUUCCCUAACAUGACUUUGACCUUGGUUCACUUUGUGAUCACUUGGCUAGGACUUUACAUGUGUCAGAAAAUGGACAUUUUCUCUCCAAAGAGCCUUCCAAUACGCAGAAUAGUGUGGUUAGCGUUAAGCUUUUGUGGCUUUGUGGCCUUCACCAACCUUUCCUUGCAGAACAACUCAAUUGGAACAUAUCAGUUGGCUAAGGCUAUGACUACACCUGUCAUCAUCCUGAUUCAGACCACCUACUACAAGAAGACUUUCUCCACAAAGAUUAAACUGACUUUGGUGCCUAUAACGCUGGGUGUAAUACUAAAUUCAUACUAUGAUGUGAGGUUCAAUUUGCUCGGGACAGUGUUUGCCUCUCUGGGUGUUCUGGUGACCUCACUGUACCAAGUGUGGGUGGGAGCUAAACAACAUGAGCUCCAGGUGAACUCCAUGCAGCUCUUGUACUACCAGGCGCCAUUGUCAUCAGCCUUUUUGAUCUGCAUUAUUCCAUUGUUUGAGCCAAUUACCGGUGAAGGGGGGAUAUUUGGACCCUGGUCACUACCUGCAUUGGCAACAGUUCUGCUUUCUGGUGUGGUGGCAUUUCUUGUCAACCUUUCCAUCUACUGGAUCAUUGGAAACACUUCAGCUGUCACUUACAAUAUGUUUGGUCAUUUUAAAUUCUGCAUUACUUUGGUUGGAGGUUAUGUGCUUUUUCAAGAUCCACUGUCAGUCAACCAGGCACUUGGAAUCCUUUGCACUCUGGCUGGUAUUCUCUCCUAUACACAUAUAAAGCUCACCGAACAAGAAGAAGGGAAAAGUCGCUUGGCUCAGAGGCCUUAGCUUGAAACCCAAGACAAGGAUGAAUACAAUGGACCUCUACCGUUUGAUGCCUAAUGCUUUCCUCUCCUAUCAGAGAAAAUCAGUUUUGUACAGUUCUAACAUUAGUUACCUUAUAGUCUACUUAAAGCAAAAUGAAAAUCUGCUUGAUUUGGUCAGUGCUUUGGUUUGGUAGGUUGAGGUAUAUUCAUGAUUAAAUAGGUGAAUGUGGAGACUGUGGACAUCUGCAAGAUAUUGAGUUCGAUUAAAAUGUCAAUAUAUAUUUGAAAAUGUUAUCCAGCUUUAAGUUGUAUUUGUGUGCCAGGACCUGUUUUAUAUGACGCAAGAGUGAUAACCAUAAUGGUAACCUUUAUUUCUGACUUUUUAAAAUGACAAUUUUGCCAAUGCCAACAAAUUUCACAAUGUUUACUGUAAUAAGCUUAAGGUUAUUUAAAUUCUGUAUUUUUUCACUGCCAAGCUAGAUUAGGUUUUAAAUACAAAUUCUAAACUUGUGCCUUCUCGAUGUUUUAAUAUGCUUUUAAUAAAGGUAAUAGGCUUU